GAGUAGAGAAGUGUGAAGUACUGAAGAGCCUGAGAUAAAACAAGAGAGACAGAAAGAAAGUGACCAGCAGAGAUGAUGAUGCUCCGAAGCAAGGCCUCAAAGUUCCUGGCUGUGUGCUGCUGUAUUUUUCUAGCUCUGAGAGUGGAGGCCAUCAAUCGGGAGAAAGACUGUGAGCAACAAAAAGACAGAUAUGAUGCAACUCUAAUCAUCCCGUCAAACUAUGAACAGGCUUCGUACGAGGACGCAGAGGGGAACGGGAACAUCCAUACACAGUCCCUCUCUCCUUGGACUUGGAAAUCCAGCACUCUUAAGGGGCGUAUCCCUGCCACAAUCUGGGAGGCAGAGUGCAGUACCACUACUUGCAGUUAUGCAUCCAUCUCUCUCGGUUAUGCCAGUUACAACAGUGCACCCAUUGUGCAGAAGGUGCUGGUGCUGCAGCCAACAGGAAACAACAAUAGCUACAGCACAUCCUACCUAUCAGUGUCUGUGGGAUGCACUUGUGUGUUGGCACAGACAAACUGAGAUGGACAAUUAAUCAAGAGAUCUUGUAGUUUAUUUAUUAUUUGUCAUCAUAUAUUUUUUAUCAUUUUAUUAAUACCAUGAUAGUUCCCUGUCUCAUGGAAAUUGGAUGGACAAUAAAG